GUGGCAUUUUGUCAAGUUCUGUCUUUUCAAGAAACAUAAAUGCCGUAAUUGUCACCGUUUUGGACAUAAAGAGGGUUACUGUCCACCACAGAAAAAUUCUUCGGUGAAGAACAGAAGUAGUCGUUUCAAGCCGAAACAAUCUCCUCUAAUACAGACCAUUUUCACAACUUCCAAAGUCGAUUUCGCCAGCAAACGUAAGUACAUUACACUACGUAUUAACAGCAAACCUAUUCGUCUUCAGUUGGAUACGGCAUCAGAUAUCACUUUAAUUUCCCGAACUACGUGGCGCAAACUUGGUUGCCCACAGAUUCUGCCGACCGAGCAUGUCGCUAAGAAUGCCUCUGGAGAUAUACUGAAACUCGUGGGUGAGAUAAAUUGCCAGGUUCAGUUUGGUCUAUGCAUAAACCGAAUUCAAACGUCCUGCGUCAGUCUUCUGUCAAUGUAUCAUCAAAAUCAAUAUCUCCUAAUAAGUCAAAUGAUAAGCUGGAUAACCGAUGUCGUAAGCGAGGAAGACGACAAAGAAAUAAAAAUACCAGGGAUGUUGAAACAUCUACAAGCAAUAAAGAAGAAGAAGUGGAUGCUGAUUCUAAAAAUGAUCCUUUCGCAUCGCAUCCAUUAGUGAAACUUCAAGCAAAACGACGACAAUGCCUAAAAAAUAUUGAAAAUGGGGAGGCAAUAAAUGACAAUCAGCAUUUGUGUGAACUGUCAAACCAUGUAGUCAAUAAUACAGUAUCUAAUAACAGUCAAACGAGUAGUAUAUGUGAAACGCUUACACCAAGUACUUCCACCUCAGAGGAAGCAUGGAAACCAUUAAAUCAGAAACACAAAUUGAGAUCUAUAGAAUCCCUUUGUGAAGUUAUGCUUCUUGAUGGUAUUCCUACACCUUUCACCAAUGAGAACACGGAUUGUGUUGCCUGUAAACUAAGAAAUCACGUGCAAACUGAAACGGUAAUUAGGAUGGUUUGUGCAGCGUGCCCAGAAUUUCCUCGGCUUUGUUCAGCACAAUGUUUUCGAUGGUGGCACAAUAUUCAUUUACCGGCACUCCGUAAUAAACCAAGAACAAUAAUCGAAUCCGAACAAACCGGUACAACGAUAAAGAAAUCAAAUAACCAAGUGAUGGUUUCAGAAUUCCAGGUACUUGACCAAUCAAGUGAAUUAAAAGCGCCUGAGAAAUCAGUCCCUCAACCUUGUACAGCAUCCGUACAUCGGCUUGUCGGAAAAAGAAAACGACGUAAAAGAUUCCUAUAUUCUAAUGCAAAAAGGAAAGUUAUACCAGUCUAG